AAGCCGCUUUGCUUUACUUGAUCUAUAGUCGUGUAUCGAUUGGGACCUCCAAAUGCAAAGGAUAGGCUUCACGCCGAUGGAAAGUGCGAGGAAGGAAAAACAACUUCCAUUUCCAGGUUCCCCAUGCAAACACACCAUGCUGACGUAAAAGACUAUAUGUUGGGGAUCCCCACCUCCAACGAGUUUCUGCAACGUUGGUCGUCUGUCCAGUAUAUAGUGGACAUUCGGACAGCGGCUCCCCCUCUGUCUUUUUCCUCUCUGCCAUGGCCUCUUACGACCACUCAAAAGUCGCCCAUUUCAUAGGCGGUAAUACGCUUGACAAGGCUCCGGCGGGUCCAGUAGCAGAUUUCGUCAAGAAUAAUGGAGGUCAUACAGUUAUCACAAAGGUUCUCAUUGCGAACAACGGAAUCGCUGCCGUGAAGGAAAUUCGUUCGAUUCGACAGUGGAGCUAUGAGACCUUUGGCACAGAGCGCGCCGUCGAGUUUACAGUCAUGGCUACACCUGAAGAUCUGAAGGUUAACGCGGAAUACAUUCGUAUGGCCGAUCGUUACGUGGAAGUCCCCGGAGGCUCGAAUAACAACAACUAUGCUAACGUCGACCUCAUUGUUGACAUUGCAGAGCGGUCGGGCGUUCACGCUGUUUGGGCUGGUUGGGGUCAUGCAUCGGAGAAUCCUCGUCUGCCAGAAACGCUUGCUGCCAACAAGAUUGUCUUCAUUGGUCCUCCAGGUAGUGCCAUGCGCAGUCUUGGUGAUAAAAUCUCGAGUACCAUCGUUGCACAGAGUGCAGACGUUCCGACAAUGCCUUGGUCGGGUUCUGGAAUCUCCGAUACCAUUCUUUCAGAUCAAGGAUUCGUAACUGUCGCAGACGAUGUGUAUCAGAAAGCAUGUGUGUCAACGGUCGAGGAGGGUCUGGCGAGGGCAGAGCAGAUUGGCUGGCCGGUAAUGAUCAAGGCUAGUGAAGGUGGAGGAGGAAAGGGGAUCCGAAAGGUCGACGGCCCUGAAGGUUUCACGAACUUUUUCAAUGCUGUUGCAGGAGAGAUUCCAGGUUCUCCUAUUUUCAUCAUGAAACUUGCUGGUCAGGCGAGACAUUUAGAGGUCCAGCUGCUUGCAGAUCAAUACGGCAAUGCGAUUUCCCUUUUUGGACGUGACUGCUCAGUGCAGCGUCGUCAUCAGAAGAUUAUUGAAGAGGCCCCAGUGACCAUUGCGAACCAAGACACUUUUGAGGAGAUGGAGCGUGCUGCGGUUAGACUUGCGAAACUAGUCGGAUAUGUCAGUGCGGGAACAGUUGAAUACCUUUACAGCCACGCUGAAGAUGUGUUCCACUUCCUCGAGCUCAAUCCUCGGCUCCAGGUCGAGCAUCCUACCACUGAGAUGGUAUCUGGCGUGAAUCUACCUGCUGCUCAGUUGCAAAUUGCUAUGGGUAUCCCUCUUCAUCGUAUCCGACACAUUCGUCAGCUAUAUGGCGUCGCUCCAAACGGUACUUCUGAGAUUGAUUUUGAUAUGGUCAAUCCCGAGGUGUCUAAGCUUCAGCGCAAGCCCCGACCAAAAGGUCACGUUGUUGCGGUCCGUAUCACAGCUGAGAACCCCGAUGCUGGCUUCAAGCCUUCCUCCGGUUCAUUACAAGAACUCAAUUUCCGUUCAAGCACAAACGUCUGGGGUUAUUUCUCUGUCAACAGCGCUGGUGCCCUCCACGAGUUCGCCGAUUCACAAUUCGGACAUAUCUUCGCGUAUGGUGAAGAUCGUAGCGAGAGUCGAAAGAACAUGGUUGUCGCGUUGAAGGAGUUGAGCAUCCGUGGCGAUUUCAGAACCACUGUUGAAUACCUCAUCAAGCUUCUUGAGUUACAAGCAUUCGAGGAGAACACGAUUACCACUGGAUGGCUGGAUUCGCUCAUUAGUGACAAGCUCACAGCGGAACGACCUAAUACCACAUUGGCUGUCAUCUGCGGUGCCGUCACUAAAACCCAUCUAGCUGCUGAAGCUUGCUGGGCCGAGUACAAACGUAUCCUCGACAAGGGUCAAGCUCCUUCCAAGGACGUCCUCAAGACCGUAUUCGGCAUCGACUUCAUCUAUGACAACGUUCGCUACUCCUUUACUGCCACUCGCUCUUCUUUAACGCUCUGGACGCUGUACUUGAAUGGUGGCCGAACCCUGGUCGGUGCCCGACCACUUGCAGAUGGUGGUCUUCUUGUCUUGCUUGAUGGCAAGAGCCACUCUGUCUACUGGCGAGAGGAAGUUGGUGCUCUGCGUGUCAUGAUAGAUUCCAAGACUUGCUUGAUUGAGCAAGAGAACGAUCCUACUCAGUUGAGAAGUCCCAGUCCCGGUAAACUUGUACGAUUCCUUGUCGAUAGCGGCGACCAUAUCAAUGCUGGUGAGCAAUACGCAGAGAUCGAGGUUAUGAAGAUGUACAUGCCUCUGGUUGCUUCCGAGGACGGUAUCGUCCAAUUCGUUAAGCAACCAGGUGUAAGCUUGGAGCCAGGCGACAUUUUGGGCAUUCUCGCUUUGGACGACCCUGCUCGCGUCAAGCACGCCAAGCCAUUUGAGGGGCUUCUCCCAGCGUUUGGUCACCCUAGCGUGUCUGGUAAUAAGCCACACCAACGUCUCAACUACUGCCUCGGCGUCCUGAACGAUAUCCUUGACGGUUUUGACAAUCAGGCAGUCAUGGCUCCUACCCUCAAGGAACUGUUCUCCGUCUUACACAACCCGGAGUUGCCGUUCGCGCAGUCGACUUCUAUUCUCUCCACGCUUUCUGGUCGUAUGCCUGCGAAGUUGGAAGAUAGCAUUCGUACAGCUAUCGAUAACGCUAAGACGAAGGGUGAAAACGCUGAAUUCCCUGCUACUCGUAUCAAGAAGUUGCUCGAACACUUCAUGGAAGACAAUAUCCGAGCCCAGGAUAGGACGAUGUUCCGUAAUCAGUUGGCUUUCCUCUUUGAUGUCGUUGAACAUUAUCAAGGCGGAUUGAAGGCCCAUGAAGUCAACACCAUCGCAGGCCUCUUGUCUCGGUACGAAGAGACCGAGAAGCUUUUCGGUGGCAGCAUCGAAGCUCGUGUAUUGUCGCUCCGAGAGCAACACAAGGAUAACUUGGACAAGGUGGUUUCGCUUGUGCUCAGUCAUAUCAUGGCACCUCGUAAAGGGAAACUUGUCAUGGCUAUCUUGGAUCACGUCAAGAACAGUGGCCUCACUGUUUCGAACCCUGAGAGUCGUUUGUAUCAGGUCUUGCAAGGGUUGGCUAGCCUUGAAGCAAGGUGCGUAAAAUGUAUGUCUGUCAACACUGAUACUGAGGGUUUUUUCCCCCUCAGGUCUUCUACUCAUGUUGCGCUGAAGGCACGUGAGGUACUCAUCUCUUGUCAGAUGCCUUCGUACGAAGAACGUAAGGUGCAGAUGGAGAGCAUCUUGAAGUCUUCCGUCAGUAGCAACUUCUACGGUGAACAAGGUUCCGGUCUCACUGUGCCUUCUGCGGAUGUUCUUCGCGAGUUGAUUGACUCUCGGUACACUGUGUAUGAUGUACUCCCAACUUUCUUCAACUUCUGCGACCCAUGGAUCACCUUCGCUGCACUUGAUGUAUAUGUCCGCCGUGCAUACAAGGCGUAUUCGUUGCUUUCUGUCGACUUCGAGGAGGGCGAUGGCCUCGACGACGGGGAUGUCCCGCAUGUUCUGAGUUGGCGAUUCAACUUGGGCAAGUCCCACUCCCCUCCUGCUACACCCCAGUUGGGUCGUUCAGACGACGCACCUCGUCGACAAGCCUCCGUCAGUGACUUGUCCUACAUGAUCGAUCGUCACCAGAAGCAGCCGUUACGACACGGUGCUAUUGCAUCUUUCCCCAACUUUGCGGCUCUCGCUCGCGGUUUCGACAAAGUUGCCGCCAUGCUUCCUGUUUUCGAUGCUGCCGAUUACCAUCAGCGCUAUGGCGGAAACAACGAGCCGCCUAACGUGCUGAACAUGGCGCUGCGUAUCUUCAAUGAGAAGGAUGAUGCCACAGACGACGAGUGGUACAAUAAGAUCAUUCAGUUGGUCAACAGCCGCAAGGACAUACUCGAAAAACGAGGCGCUCGUCGUGUCUCUAUCCUCAUUUGUCGCCCUGGACUUUAUCCCCAAUAUUUCACACUUCGCAACAUGAAUGACACUUGGGAUGAAGAGAAGGCCAUUCGACACAUCGAGCCUGCCCUCGCAUUCCAGCUGGAGCUCACUCGCCUGUCCCACUACAACCUCACGCCUUGCUUCACCGAAAACCAUCAACUCCAUAUCUACCACGGUGUUGCUCGUGAAAAUCAACUUGACAGUCGGUUCUUCAUUCGUGCACUCGUUCGUCCCGGUCGUCUCCGCGGCAGCAUGAACACUGCACAAUACCUCAUCUCUGAGACUGAUCGUCUCGUAACGAGUAUUUUGGAUGCGCUGGAGGUCGUCAGUGCUAAGCAUCGUAACGCCGAUUGCAACCAUAUCUUCAUGAACUUCAUUUACAACCUCCCCGUCACCUACGAGGACGUUUUGGAAGCAAUCUCUGGCUUCAUUGAACGUCAUGGUAAACGGCUUUGGCGACUCCAUGUCACCGGUUCUGAGAUUCGUAUUGUCCUGGAGGACCGCGAAGGAAACGUCACCCCCAUCCGUUGCGUCAUCGAGAAUGUCUCCGGGUUUAUCGUUAACUACCAUGGUUAUCAGGAGAUCACGACGGAGAAGGGAACAACCAUCCUCAAAUCCAUUGGCGAGAAGGGACCGCUUCACCUACAACCCGUUCACCAGCCGUAUCCCACCAAGGAGUCCUUGCAGCCUAAGCGUUAUCAGGCUCAUCUCAUUGGUACUACAUAUGUCUACGACUUCCCCGAGUUGUUCUCGAAAGCUUUGAGCAACGUCUGGGCGAAGGCUCGUGCCACACAUCCAGCAUUGACUUUGCCGAAGAAGGUUAUGGAGUCCAGAGAACUUGUGCUCGACGAGAACGAUCAACUGCAGGAGGUUGAUAGAGCUCCCGGUAAUAAUACCUUCGGCAUGAUCGGAUGGGUCUUCACACUUAGAACCCCCGAAUACCCACAAGGACGACGAGCUGUCGUCAUCGCGAACGACAUCACUUACAAAAUUGGUUCGUUCGGCCCGCUUGAAGACCAGUUCUUCCACCUUGCAUCUCAAUACGCUCGAGAGCAAGGCAUACCACGUAUCUACCUUUCCGCCAAUUCUGGUGCUCGCAUCGGUCUUGCCGAGGAAGUCAUGAGCUUAUUCUCAUGUGCUUGGAACGAUCCAGCACAUCCUGAGAAGGGAGUUGACUACCUCUACUUGUCGCAUGAAAAUUUCCUCAAGUUGCAGGAGAAGGCCGCCGGGGCUGUACGCACAGUCGAAAUCGAGGACAAUGGAGAACGCAGACACAAGAUCACCGACAUCAUCGGUACACAAGACGGACUCGGUGUCGAGUGUCUCAAGGGCUCUGGUUUGAUUGCUGGAGAGACUUCGCGUGCAUAUGAUGAUAUCUUCACCAUCACUUUGGUCACUGCACGAUCUGUUGGCAUCGGUGCUUACCUCGUUCGCCUGGGCCAACGUGCUGUUCAGGUCGAGGGUCAACCAAUCAUCCUCACCGGUGCACCCGCUCUGAAUAAGGUGCUUGGACGGGAAGUCUACACCUCGAACCUCCAACUCGGAGGUACUCAGAUCAUGUACAAGAACGGUGUCUCGCACCUCACAGCCAGCAGUGAUCUUGAAGGCGCUACUCAUAUCCUUCAGUGGCUUUCAUAUGUUCCCGAGGCCAAGGGCCACCCACUCCCUGUCCUUGAGUCCACCGACACCUGGGAUCGUGACAUCGGCUAUACACCACCGAAAGGAUCGUAUGAUCCAAGGUGGUUCAUUGAGGGCAAGGCGGACGAGACAAGCUCCGAAUGGUUGUCAGGCUUCUUCGACAAGGGAUCCUUCCAAGAGACGCUCAGCGGUUGGGCUCAGACAGUUGUCGUUGGUCGUGCGAGGCUCGGUGGUAUCCCUAUGGGUGCGAUUGCUGUUGAGACUCGUACCAUCGAACGUGUUGUCCCCGCGGAUCCUGCUAACCCGACAUCAUUCGAACAACGUAUCAUGGAGGCUGGUCAGGUCUGGUACCCUAACUCCGCGUACAAGACUGCACAGGCCAUAUUCGAUUUCAACCGUGAGGGUCUUCCGCUUAUAAUUUUCGCUAACUGGCGUGGAUUCUCCGGCGGUCAGCAAGACAUGUACGAUGAGAUUCUCAAGCAAGGUUCCAAGAUUGUCGAUGGUCUCUCCAGCUACAAACAACCGGUCUUCGUCUAUAUCGUUCCCAAUGGAGAGCUUCGAGGUGGUGCUUGGGUCGUGCUUGAUCCAUCCAUUAACUCUCAACAGAUGGAGAUGUAUGCUGAUGUCGAUGCUCGUGCUGGUGUCCUUGAGCCCGAGGGUAUAGUUGAAAUCAAGAUGCGGCGCGACAAGAUCUUGCGCCUCAUGGAACGUCUCGACAGCCAGUUCGCUUCGUUGAAGAAGGCUAGCACAGAUGCUUCGCUGUCUGCGGAUGAGCGUGCAAAUGCUGCUGAUGAACUCGAGAAGCGUGAACAGUUGCUGCAACCCGCCUACAAGCAGAUGGCUCUGCUUUAUGCUGAUCUUCAUGAUCGCACUGGUCGUAUGGAAGCGAAGGGUUGUGCGAAGGCGACGGUGUGGAAGGAUGCUCGUCGUAGGUUCUACUGGGCUCUCCGUGCCAAGAUCGCAAAGUCUGUUGCCAUGAAUCAAUUGGCUGAGGCAAGUCCCGACUCUACCGUUGAGUAUCGCGAACACCUCUUGGAGUCCCUGACGUCCGUUGAUGCGACCACUGACCGUCGGAUCGCUGCUGAGACUCUCGAGGCGCUUGAUCUCCGACCCACGCUUGCUCAGCUCAAAGCUGACCACCUUAUGCGUCGCAUGGUUGCUCUCUCGCAUGAAGACCGGAAGGCCACUGUCAAUGGCCUCGUUCGUCUUGUCGAUAAUCUCAGUGAGGACGAAAAGGCUACGCUUCUCAACGCGUUACAAAACUCCAGUCGUUCACCAGGCCCACCCUCAUACACGACCGCCACAUAGACUCGUUUCAUGAACUUUGCAUGCUCUUAUGGUUCGGGAUGUACUGUACUGUAUUAUACUGUCUUCAAGCUCUAGUCGUCUUCCUCCAUUGUUAAUAGAAUUGCUUCUUGAUAGAAUGACAUCCAUACAAUAGUAAACUUGUCAAUACCAUUGGUCCUAUAUGAUGCAACUAGUACUAUUGCUUGUCCUUG